AUGGAAGAAGCCAAUGUAAUAAUGCAAGAAGAGUUGAUCACCAUCCGCACAGACGAGGAGCUUGAGCAGAAGUUCAACCAAGGCUAUCAGAACUUCUGGUUGCAGCGCAAUAUUGAAACACAUUAUCCUGUGUUAUGGAAUAUUGCUGAAAAAUACUUUAACGCUUUUCCAUCAUCAUACCUAGUCGAAAAAGGCUUUAGUGUGGUUACAAACAUUUUGAUAAAACAAAGAAACCGUUUAAAAAUCAACGAACGCGGAUAUUUAAGGCUUCAACUCACCAAUAUUGAACCAAAUUUAGCUAAAUUGGUAGAAAGUCACCAGGCUAAGAUAGGCAAAUACAAGCGUAAGAAUGAUAGAACAUUAAAAUUCACUCAAGAAAUCCUUGACCAAGCAAGAGAUCGUAUCUCAAGAGGGGAAAGUAAGAGUGAAUCAGAUUUUGCACCAUCUGAAGUCACGGAUAGACCGCAACAAGAGCAGGUCAAAGAAACUCAUACUGAAAUAGAGAGAUCAUCUAUUGAUGAUAGCUCAUCUGACGAGGAUAAUGACACUCUUGCGAAGGUUCGGGAUUCGGGAUAUUAUAAAACAAAAGCAAGCAAGUGUGACUAA